AUGAACAUGGAUGGGGUGGAGACUGACAUGUAUCUGCCACGACGCCCGUUCGGUCUGCUACCGCCACUACAAUUGCUUCCAGAAACGAAAGAAGGCAACAGAGCGUCGUUCUGUACAGUUCUUUCUUUCUUCACUCGGUUUGUGUGCCCAUUCAUAUCCUUCCCACCAAGCUUUUGUCUUCCCCUUGCGAUGCCUCCGUACUGUACCCCUCAUUAUCGCUAGCUAGUUGGAAAAUGGAGGAGAUAAUGAGCAGUUUCAAACACCGGAAGGUGUCUGAGAUGGUCAAGAGUGAUGAUGGUGAAGAUAUGAUCAGCCAGUUACCUGAUGGCAUUCUUUAUCACAUUCUUUCAUUUCUUCCCACCACAGAUGCAGUAGCAACGUGCAUAUUGUCUACCCGGUGGAAAAAUCUGUGGACCAUUGUUCCUAAUCUUGACUUCGAUGACUCCUCGUUGUACUCUACCUGUGUUUUCGGUUAUCCACUAAAAGUCACUUGUUUUAUGCAUUUCGUUCAAACAGUGCUUCAGCAUAGGAACAGACCUACUAUUCAAAAAUUUCGGCUUUCUUGCCGUGUUUGUUUUAGUGGCUCUCAUGUUUGCGCAUGGCUAUCAUCAGCUAUCAAAGAUAAUGUUCAAGAGCUUGACCUUUGCCUCUUUGUUGAGGAACCUUUUUCCUUGCCCCGAUGUGUUUUUGAUAGUACAUCACUUGCAGUUCUAAAACUAGAAAUGAAUUGCGUCCUUGAACUGCCUGAUUCUAUCUCUUUUCCAUGCCUUAAAACCUUGCACCUAUGUCUUGUCACAUUCCAUGAUGAUACCUCAACCCAAGGACUGUUCUCUGGUUGCCCCGUGCUUCAAGAAUUGGCUAUAUUAGAUUGCGAGUGGAUGAAUUUGAAGUGUGUUUGUUUAUCCAUUCCUUCUUUGAAGAGUUUGACAAUAGACGACUUGCCCUUUUUUGGAUCUCUUGAUGAUUUAAAUGGUUGUGAAAUCCAGAUUGAUGCAGCCAAUCUCCAUUUCUUCAAGUACAAUGGCUAUCUUACAAAUGAAAUUUAUGUCUAUAAUCUGUCUUCUCGAAUUGAUUCUUCUAUUCAUAUUGCUCUGUGUGAGAAGAGGAAACAAUUGGCUAUCCGUGCGGCUAAGCUAUUUACAGGACUGAACAAUUCCAGCUCUUUGAGAAUAUCUGUUGGUUCUGUCAUGUCUUUAUUCGUUGCAGAUGAUGUUCUUGACCGUCUUCCAGUUUUUCACAACUUAACACAUUUACAUUUGAGCAAGAGACUUGAAAAUCAAACAAUUGGAGCACUGGUGAAGUUGAUUCAAAGCUUCCCGAAUUUAGAAUCUCUUAAUUUUCCUGAGGUAUCAUUCUAUUACCCUUCUGGCCGCAGUAAAGGUUGUGCUUUAAUUCUACGAGUGUGUUACAGGGACUUGAGUUUUGCAUGGCAGCUGAAGAAAAUGACUGGAUCUUGAAGUCAAUACCAACAUGUUUCUUAUCAAGUCUCAAGACAGUUAAUUAUUGCCAUUUUCAUGCAAAAGAUAUGGAAAUUUGUUUCAUCAAACUUUUGCUGAGUUUUGCUAUCGUUUUGGAGCAAAUGAAUAUAUUCUGUUCUAACAGCUCUUUGGAGGAUCCUAAGAAAAUUAGUGAGGUUAGGACUCAUUUGCAUUCCCAUCCUAAAGGAUCAGAUCAUUGUGCAAUCAUGUUUAUUGAAGCAUGAAAGCCCCCAUACUUGUAAGUACUCUGCUCUCUUAAGGCAUUUUUAUACUAUGAUCUUCAUUAUCCAAUUCCUUAUCAUUAAGAAAUGGAUUUUAGUGGACGAUAGUGGUAACUGGUAAGAGUAAAAUAAUGGAAAACUUAUUGCAGUUGUAAAAAUGAGGGACAACUGUUAUAGGAAUGAAGCUCAUGUAAAAUGACUGACUACUUUUUCAUAUGGACAAAUGCAACUAACAAGGUAAUAGAAUUGCAAAACAAUGAAUGUCACUACCAUUUUAUUAUGUCAAUGGCAGUUAUUUUAUGUCACUGCUUAGUUUAUUAUGUCUCUACCAGUUAUAGGCGGUGUCAUUGUCACCUGCACGGCUGCACCUGUGCCUCUGUCGCUGCAGUUAAACAUGUCAUUGUGGCGGCUUACAAAAAUUUCCGGCAAUUAUUCCUGGUGAAUUUUCAACGAAAAACUGAAAAAAGAAGAGAGAAAAAUUUCCGGUAGACUUUGCCUGGAGACUUUUUUGCCGCUCGCCGGCGGUGGUUUCUGAAAGUGGUUACCAAAGGGGCAGUGGGGAGAGGGUGGGCAAUUGAGAAGGGAUUAGGAGAGGAAAUAUAAAUCAGUUAAACAAAGGUUAGUCACAUUUUUGGAAAAAAUAAAGGUGGUCAUAUUUUUGUCUUUCAAAAGUGUUGACUUAAUAUUUAUGUCAUCAUUAUUAUAAUGGUAAUGUUAUUAUAUAUAGUAGUAAUGAUAAUUUGCAUUAACAACAAUAAUAACAACUACAAUAAUAGUAAUUACUUCUACUACUAGUAGUAUUAAUUAUUAAUUUGUUAUUAUGCUAGUCUGUAUAUGUUAAUUGACCUUUUUGAUUAGUUAGUUAUAUCGUUGUAGUUUGGAAAUGGUUAAGUUAUUAGAUUCGUUUGCCUUAAUUACUUAUUUGUCUCCCUCCGUCCCUUUUAUUUAGCCAAACAUUAUUUUUCAAGUCUAAAUUGUUCAACUUUGACCGAUUAUAUAUUUAUACACGGUAAUAUCGAUAAUAUGAAAAUUAUAUGAAAAUGUUCUUUGUUGAAAACACUAUCAUAAAAGUAUAAAUUUACUAACUUUUACAUAAAUAUAUUAGCUAAAAUAAUGGAUCAAAGUUUAUCCCCUUUGACUGGAAUGUCAAAGUUGGCUAAAUAAAAAGGGACGGAGGUAAUAUUUAGUUACCUACUUUGAAGUUAAGAAUUUGAUAAAUGCCUUAAACCUCUUUUGAGAAAGGAGAUUUGUAGUUAAGUAUAAUAAUAUCAACUAUCAAGAACACAGUUCGGCAAGAAUUUUGGAGAGUUAGAGGGCCUGAAUUAAAUCCUAGGAGGAAGUUCCUGAAUCUUGGGAUAUUCUCUCUUGGCCAACCUGAACUCUAGAUCUUGACAAAAUCUGCAAUGAAUCUUGUACGUUAGCUGAUACAAAUAAUGGUGCUGCCAUGGUUGAAUGACAUUACACGUGACCUUAAAAUGUUAAGCUUACUUCAAGCAUAGUGCUCAGGACUUUGUGUACAAGAUCUCAUCCAGGGUCUCUGAGAAGACAUUGGAAGUGAAGAAUAAUAUUCCUUCCAUCCCAUAAAAAGGUUUUAUUCGUUUAUGUUUCUAAAAAUUUCUGUCCAAAAGAGUCGCGUUAAAUUGUAUUAGGACAGUUUUUCAAGAAAUGUCUCAAAUUAGUAUAACAAACAAGUUUAGUGUGAAAAUUUUACAUAAACUGGUUAAAACGUUUCUUGGAAAUAAGUAUCAUUUAUGACUUAUAGUUAUAGCAGUUGUACAUUGACCAAAUUAAAGGUUGUAUAUUGCUCAAACAAACUGAUUAAAGAGCAUUUGGAAAAAGAAGCUAUGGUGAUGAUGGUAUCAACUCAAGCCUCUCGCCCCGUAGCAGAGAGUUACGGACUUGCUGCUAGACCUUGUCUCCGAACAUGAUUUUUAAUUUAAGCAAUCCUUAUAAAGAUAAUAAUAGAAUCAUAAACAGAAACCCUGGAUGUUGAUACUAGAUAAGGCUUUUAGGUUUUUAUAGGACAAAGCAGCCAAAGCUAGACUGUAUAGCGAUUUGAUUCUUAGAUUGUAGUAAAUAUACUCGAUAGGUCCAUCUCAUUUCUCUACUAGCCUUUUUUUUGCUAAAUGGACUAAGUAUGACAAAUGCUAGUCUUGGUGUGCACCUUUUUGUACACCUUAUAAACCUGGAAGCUUGCCUUGUAUGCCAAAAUAGUCCGGCCACACAUUACAAUAAUAGGGUCAUUUUUUGUGAGCACCUUUUUGUACACCCUUCGUACACCUUAUAUAUGUACACAGACAAGUUUUGAAAAUUUUGCAUCUUAAUCGACAGAUCACAGGCAAAAUAGGGGGUGUACACCAAAAGUUGCACAAACAGAAAUGUCCAUAGUAAUAACAUUUUAUAUACAGAUGCAAAGUGUCUGAUGACAUAUUUUACUUUAUGACACUUUGUUAAGUUGUUUUGUUUGCUUCAGUUUGCAGCUGGUAGUAUGUGUAGUUAUAAUUAUAGUGGCUACAUCUGCUCAACGCCUGCCAUUUUGAUUGGAGAUAUCAACACUUGGCCAUGGCCUAUGGAGAUAUCUACUGUUCUAUUUCCUAUGAUGCACUUCAGCCAUGGUCUUGCUAAUGAUUGGGAUUCUCAUCUACCCUAGACGUCAGUGGCUGUAUUUGUGCUGAAAAAUAAGGCUACAUUGGCUUGCAACUGUAAUGUGCCUUAUUUUUUCUCACAAAUUAAGUCUGUCUCUGUAGAGAGAAUCAUUCCCUAUUACUGAUGCAAUAUGAAAUCUAGUUUUUUUUUUGCUUCUUUUGCUCCUGUUUUAAAGGGAAGAAAUGGGAGGUUUGUAAAUGUUAUGAAAAGUUAGCCUUGUAUAGUUUUGCUGUUUCAAAGCUUGUAAGUUGAAACACCAAAGCACAACAAUGCGGUGAUGCUGCGUUUUAUGUUGUUUUUUUUCUGAUGCCAAACUUAUCCAUGAUCAUGAUUCAUGCGUAU